AUGUUGUCAGUUGUUGUGUUUGUAAUAGCAGUCUUGACGAUCUUAACAACUCAGUGGUUAUGGAGACGGAUGCAUCCAAGAUGUGAGAAUGGAGUUCUGCCCCCAGGUUCCAUGGGAUUGCCUCUCAUUGGAGAGACUCUACAGUCACUCAUUCCUAGCCGCUCUUUGGACCUCCAUCCCUUCAUCAAGAAGAGACUUUCAAAAUUUGGUCCAAUUUUCCGAACUAGUUUAGCAGGCAGGCCUAUUGUAGUAUCAGCUGAUCCCAAGGUCAACCAUUUCAUACUUUCACAAGAAGGGAAGUUAGUAGAGUUGUGGUAUUUGGAUACGUUUUCUAAGCUUUUUAAUCAAGAAGGGGACUCUAGGACAACUGCAGUUGGUGAUAUUCACAAAUACAUAAGAAGUAGAACGUUGAAUUACUUGGGUGUGGAGGCACUUAAGGAGAAGUUGCUUCCCCAGUUGGAAGAAAUGGCAUGCAGAACUCUAGACAGUUGGUCAAAUCAGGAGUCUGUUGAAGUGAAACGUGCAUUUGGAGCUAUGGUAUUCAAUUUCACUGCAAAAGUUUUUCUUGGUUAUGACUCUGACAAGUCAUCAGAUGACUUGAGUGAGAAGUUCAACAAGAUACUUGAAGGCCUUAUGUCUCUUCCUUUAAACAUUCCCGGAACUGCAUUCCACGACUGCAUGAAGUCAAAGAAGAAAAUAACGGGAUUCAUCAAAGGCAAAUUAAAUGAGAAGCGUGCUGGCCUUAGAACAUCUAAAGAAGACUUCCUCGAUCAGGCCAUUGAUGACAUGACUACAGAGAAGUUCCUGGGAGAAGACUUUAUAGUGCAAGUGAUGUUUGGCCUUUUAUUUGCCAGCUUUGAGUCAAAUUCAUCGACGCUUACGCUUGCUUUGCUCAAGCUCUCUCAACACCCUUCUGCAUUAGAGAUGCUUACAUCUGAGCAUGAGACUAUACUAAGGAACAGGAAAAGAGUGAAAUCUUCACCCACAUGGGAUGAGUACAAGUCAAUGACCUUCACUCUUCAAGUAAUCCAUGAAACUCUGAGGUUGGCAAAUGUUUCUCCAGGAUUACUACGUAAAGCGCUUAAAGAUAUUCAAGUUAAUGGUUACACAAUUCCAGCAGGGUGGACAAUUUUGGUUGCUGCCUCUGCUCAGCAGUUAAAUCCUGGUGUCUUUGAUGAUGCACUUGAAUUCAACCCCUCACGUUGGAAGGACAUCGAUAAAGCUGCCAUAGAACAAAAUUUUAUGCCCUUUGGAGCAGGAAUGAGACAGUGUGCUGGUGCUGAUUACAGCAAGGUGCUAUUAUCAACUUUUCUCCAUGUGUUGGUCACCAAGUACAGGUGGAGUGUAGUGAAGACUGGAAAUAUUGGAAGAAACCCACUUCUCAGCUUUGGAGAUGGUGUCCACAUUAAGAUUGCAAAGAAAGAAUGAGUAAUGUGAUUGGAAACUUUUCUCAUUUUACACUUUCUAUAUUCCUUAAUGAAUGGAAGUUAUACUCAAUGUGCUCUGGGUUGAUACAGAACCAGGAACUCAGGGUUCAGAAUCCCUCAUCUGUAUCGAUAACGUUGCCCGAGAACUUGUUUAGGGUUCUUAGUUGGGGUAGUUUUUAUCAUUUUAUUAGUAUUUUUAAUUGUUUAUUUGUUAUUUUAGUGUUUGUGUCAAUAAAUAACGGUGCGCCAAAAACGGCUGAAGAAGGAAGAAGUUCUUAGCUUCUGUCAAAGUUGUGAAGGAUCUGGUAUAUUUCCAAGGGUCAAGUUCUACAAUGGACUAAAACUUGCUGCUGGAACUCUGAGAUG